AUGAAGUUUGUGGGAAAAAAUAUGAAAACUGUUAGUGUUCCAACAUUAAGAAACUGGAUGCCCACUAUUAGAGGUUUCCAAUAUCUAUCAGAAGUGCUAAAUGCAAAAGGAUUGAAGUCAUUGUUGCCCAGCAAAUUGAAUCAAGAUCCGCUGGAAAAUUUUUUUGGAGCAGUCGGAAGUCUUGGUUGUACUAAUUCCACUUGUGCAUCAUUCAUUCAAUCCUAUGAAACGUUAAUGCUCAACAAUUUGGUAUCAUCUCAUUCACCUGGAGCUAACUGUGAGGAAGAUCUUACUGAGGGUACUUUGACAAAUUAUAAACAUUUAUUUUGUUCUCAACAAACUUUAACUACUGAUUUACCCAGACCUUCUCUACCAAUUCUCAGUGAUAAUACCGAAUAUUUAAGGCAAUUAACACAUAUAUAUAUAUAUCAGGCUUCAUAA